AUGCCAUAUGAACGAUCAUCAUCAUUGUAUCGAAGUAAUUCUGGUGAAGAUGGAUAUGGUUUUGCAUACCCCGGAACUUCAAAUGGUAAUAUCAAUGGAAAUUAUUUAAAAUUUGAUACAGGACCAGCAGCAGGAUAUGGAAUGGGAAGUAGUGAAGUAUUCAUGAAUGGUACUAAUGGUGCAACAUUUCAUAUUAAUGGCAAUGCUGAUGCAGUUUUGAACGGUCUCAAUGGCGUUGCAUUCCACAUUAACGGCAAUGGUGAUGGACUUGCAAAUGGUCAUAAUGGUCUUGCAUUUCAUUUUGGUGGGAAUACUGAUGGAUUUGUAAAUGGUGGGAGUGGACAAGCAUUUCAAGAUAAUAAUAGUUCUAUGAUGCUUCACAACAGUAGUAAUAGUGUAGCACUUCAUAAUAGUAGCAAAGGUGAUGCAUAUAUGAACGGUGGUACUAAUGCAAUGUAUGGACAUAGUGAUACUAAUGGUGAAGGAUAUUUCGGUGCUGGAACAUAUGCAAAUGGUAGCAGUGGUGAUGCAUACGGUCAUAGUGAGUCAUCUCAAAAUGGCAAUACUAGUGAAGCACAUGCAAAUAGUGGUACUGGUGAACAAUUUUUAAAUGGUGUUCAUACAGAGAUAUUUCUAAAUGAUUCUAAUAAUAGUGGUGCUCCUCGACGAGAAUCUCGUAUUUCAUCAUUUCGAAAUGGUCCUGAUCAAUCAGGAUAUUCAGCAGCAUCAUUUACCAAUGGAAAUGGAAAUGAUUAUAGUUCUGGUAAUUCAGAAAAACAAGCAUCGACAGCGGGAAAUUAUCCAACUGAUGCUCAAGGUCUUUAUCAAGAUCCUAAUCCUCAAAUUCUUCGUCGACCAGCAAUAGGAGGUCCACAAGUAUAUACUCAACGAGUUAUUGUUAAAUUUUUACAAGCCCCACCCAUGCCUCCACCAGGUCCACUUAUUAUUAAAGAAAUUCGUGCACCACAACCACCUCCACCACCUCCACUCUUUAUUCGACAACGUCCACCACCACCCCCAAUAUUACCACCAUUGAUUAUACGUGAAGCUCCACCUAAAUUACCACCACUAGUCGGCCCACAAGUUAUUACUAAAAUGCUUCCACCACUACCUGUACCACCACGUUCAGUUAUUAUUGAACGUUUACCACCUCUUCCACCUCGACCACGCGAUGUUAUUGUCGAACGUUGGUUACCAUAUCGUACAUUACAAAAACGUCGUGUUAUUAUUCAACGUGCUCCACCUGCAGUAAUCCCCAAACCUCGUAACAUUAUUAUUUAUUAUGAACCAGCUAAAGCUCAGAUUGUUCGUCGAUUUCAGAAUUUAGGUGUUGCACCUGCAAAUCCAGACGAAUAUGUAGCACGUUAUGGAUCUCAACUAGAGGAUUCUCAAACACUUAUUUCACAUGCUCGACAAGCUGGUGUUAUUGAAGAUAUUUCACCACCUAUAAGUAUGAGGUCAAGUUUUCAAUCAGCUAGUAUAGAAAAUGCUGAAUCGAGUGAAGGCGGUGGUAGUACUGCAGGCAAUGAUCUUAGUGAUGGUAAUUCAGCAAUAGGAGCAGGUAGUGGUGCUGGUGGUGGUGGUGGCGGCGGCGGUUAUGGAGUCGUUAAUAGUGGUGCUGGUGCAGCUUCGUCAAGUAGUUAUGAUUCAAUCUCAACUAAUAAUACACUAGGUCGUAAUAGUGGUUCUACUAUUGAUCUUGAAUCGUUUGGUUUUGCUGAUCAUCAUACAAGUGGUUUUGGUGGCGUUGGUGGUAAAAUCCUAAAAAAAGCAGAUCGAAUUCGUCAGUUAAAUACAGAAAAUAAUUCUCAAGAGAAAAUUGAUAUUUAUCAUGAAGCUGGUGAAGCAUGUCGAUCUAUUGGAAAUUAUGAUAAAGCAAUAAUCUAUUUUAAUCUUGAAUUACAUGAAGCUCAAUUAGCUAAUUUACAUGAUGAUAUAUUGUAUUGUCAUCGUUUUCUAGGUGAAUGUUAUCUAUAUAAAAAUGAAUUUUAUACAAGUGAAAAAUAUCAUUUAAAAUUUUUAUCAUUAGCAAAAAGUUAUAAUGAUAAUGAACGUAUUGAACAAGCAUAUACAUGUUUAGCAAAUACUUAUUGGUUAUGGUUAAGUUAUUUACAAGAUGAUAUGUUAUAUGAUAGUGAAUAUGAUCAAUUUCCACGUAAUUUAUGUAAACGAAGUUUCGAUGCAGCUACUAAUAGUUUAAUAAUUAUAGAAAAACUUGAUUAUCAAUUAGAUAUUGAUAUAAAAGACAAACGUUUAAUUAAAAUAAAAGAUAUUGAAGAACAACAACAAGAUUUAGCUUUAAGACGUGUAAGAAGUUAUAUUAAUAUUGCAAAUGCUCUAAGUGAAAAAUAUUUACAUGAUGGCAAAGAUAAUGAAAAUCUUAAAGAUUUUAGUCAAUACAUUAAAAAAGCUGUAGAACUUUCGAAAAAAUAUAAUUUAUAUGAAGAAUUAACACGUAUUCAUUCAUCUGUAUCAGUUUUUUAUCUUAGCGUACCGAAUUAUUUACAUUAUAAAAAAGAAAUUCUUGCAACAAUGAAACAAGCUAUAUAUUAUGCUCAAUUAACAAAAAAAGCCAAUGAAUAUUUAUCAUGUUUAUAUGAUAUAGCUCAAACACUUGUUUCAUUUGACGAUUAUGAUGAUGCAAAAAUGUAUCUCGUAAAAAUUUCUCAAUAUAAAAUAACUGAUCAUGUAAUUAAAGAAAAAGCAAUGCAAGAUUUAAUUAAUGUUCAACGAAUUCUUACUGGUCUUGAAGAUCGAUAUGAGAAAGAAGAUGAUUUACAAAAGAAAAUGUCUUUAGCCGAAAAAUGUGCUGAUACAUAUUCUUGUCUUGAUCGAAAUGAACGAAGUAAAUAUUAUUAUCUUAAACAAUUAAAACAUGCACAAGAAUUAAAUUUAAAUGAAGAUCAAAUGGCAACUAUUUAUUCAUCACUUGGUAGUAUUUAUCAAGAUUUAAAAGAAUGGCAAUUAAGUAUUGAUUAUUUUCGACGUGAAAUGAGCUGUCGAAUUGGUUUAGGUAUUCAAGCAGAUAUCGAACAAGGUUAUUCACUUUGUGAAAUAAUUAAAUGUGAAUAUCGUCUUAAAAUUGAUGUUAAUUCACGAAUAAGAACAUUUAACCGUCUAUUAACAAUUGUUCGAUCAACAAAUAACACAAGUUUAAUUAGAACGGCAAUUGCACUUGUAUUUGCUAUGAAACAACGUGAUUCACUAAUAUAUUUAAAUGAAGAAUUAGAAGAAUUUAUGGCGAAUAUUCAACCACCUAUAACAAAAGAGAAUUCUAAUGAAAUUUUACGAUAUUCCGAACGUAAUUCUAAUGAAUCAAUUCAAUCGGAUGAUGAACAAAAUGAAUUAGACAACACUCAUGAUUCUACUAAUCGUUUACACUUAGCAUGUAAAGAAAAAAAUGGUUUUACACAAGUUAUUCAAUUUAUAUCCGAAGGGGACAAUAUAAAUCUUUCUGAUUGUCAUGGUUGGACACCAUUACAUAACGCUAUUGAACAUGAAAAUAUUGAUAUUAUUCGAUAUCUUCUUAAUCAUAAAGCAAAUAUUAAUGCAAAAACAAAUAAUGGUAUAACUCCUCUUAUUAAUGCAUGCUAUCAAGGAUAUUUCGAUAUAAUCGAACUCUUACUUACCUAUAGUGCACGAAUUGAUAUACGUACAAAUAAUGGUUAUACAGCUGUUGAUUAUUUAUUUAAUUAUGAUAAGAAUUUAACAUCAAUUGAUCAACGAAAAUUAAAUCGUUUCAAACAAUUAUUUUUAGUUACAAUAAGAAAUAAUGAACCAAAUUAUUCUAUUCAAAAAAUUAUUCAAAAUGAUUUUGGACGAUUGACAAAUAUGAACAAUCGAAUCGAUUAUAAUAUCAUAACAAAUAAACGAUUCCGUCAAACGAAUAAAAAAAACAAAUUUUCCAUUGUUAAAUAUGAAUGUGAUGAAGAAUCUGAAAGAGAACAACCUGAUUCACCAUUAUAUACUCCUGCACCAAAACGAAAAUGUUCAAUGAUUGAUAAUGAACAUUUAAUAUCUGAUCUUAUUGAGAUUGAUCAUUCCGAUUUUGUUAAAUCGCUUCAACUAAUGACACCAAAAUUAACAAUAAGAUCUCGUCAAGCAUCUACAACAUCAUCAUUAAAUACAACUAUUGUUCUUUCACCACCACCACCUACUUCACAUAUUCGAAUUCUUCGAUGUUUAGCUAAUACAACUGAUCGAAUAACUGAAGAUAAAAAACUUCGAAUACCAAUAUCAUCAUCAGAUACUAUAACUAAUCUUCGUUAUCAAGUACUUAAACGUUUAUAUGAUAGUUAUAAUAUUUAUGCUUGUUUUGUUAUGCUUUAUGAUAAACAAGAUUGGGAAUUAGGUAUGACAGAAGCUGAUACUAUUCAAAUAGCUAUACCAAUUGAUGAGUCAGAUAUUAAAGCAGUUUAUAUUGAAAAAAAUCCAAUAGUUUCCUAUGAACAAAUUUGUAAAGAAAUGGGUUUAGUUGUUUAUUCAAAUAUUCGAUUGAUAUUAAAAAAAUUUUUUGAUAAAUUUGAAUUAUCAUUACAACGAUUAAGUUUAAAAUUAGAACAAAUUAUUAAUAUAUUAAAAAUAUUUGAAAAUUUUAUGUUUAUUCAUUCAAUUAAUUUAUCAGAAAAUCAAUUAACUGAUGAAAUAUUGGAUCAAUUAGAAAAAUUAACAUUAGAUCAAUUAAAAUCAUUAAAUCUAUCGAAAAAUAAAUUUACAUCCAAUGGUAUUCGAAAAUUAUUUGAACAAAAAAUCAUGAAUAAUUUACUUAUACUUGAUUUAUCGGAAACAGUGAUAUAUAAUUGUCCAGGUUAUGCAAUUGGUGAAUUAAAUGGUGAUAAAGAUAAAGAUCAAUUUCAGCGUAUGGUUACUCUUUUAACAGAAUAUUUAAUGAGUGUUAGGUUUGUUUGUUUGAUUGAAAAAAUCAAUUUUGUUAUUGAUUGA